AUGUGGAUCAGAGCCUGCAUGGUUAUGAAGAAACGAGGGCGAAGCAGAGAAGACGUGGCAGGAGAAAAUAAAGCUGUCUUCGAACUUGCAGCCGCGAUGCGAGAGCAAAUGAACGAGCCUACAAAAGAAGAGGGCGACGAUGUGUCUGCUUUGACCGAAGCAAAGCUGCGACGACGCAUUAAAAACGAUCUACGCGGAGGAUCCAUCUCAUACAACACUCCAAUACUUCCCAACGGGGAAGGCGGCAAGAAGUGGGAUGCCAUAGCUUGGAUAAAGAGCCAUAAGCUGAGCAUCAUUGCGAUGAUCGUAUGCCUUGUGGCGAUGAUGAUCAAUUUGUUUGUUUGGGUACCGGACGAUACCGGUACCGUCGCCCUUCUCCCAUUACCCACCGUGUUGAUCGCCGCUUUGUACAUCGGGUCAACCAGGGGAAGUCGCAUCGUCCUGUUUGUCUGGAUCUUCAUCCUUGUUGUCAUCCCGACGCAGAUUACUGUAUCUAUAGCUACAUAUUAA